AUAAAAGCCUGCGCGGAUUUUUUAUCCGCAUUCAAACUAGUUCAACCAAGCUAGGCAAUCUUUAAAAAUUAAAAUGAGAGUCGCUGUGGUCAUACUGGCAUGCGUGCUGGCUGUAGCCCAAGCUCAGCUCAACGCCGCACAGAGCUCUGGAAAAUACGUCCCAGACGACGGACGUUACCAGUACAACAACAACAGAUACAACCCCUUCGGCCGAUACAACCAAAACCAAUACGGCUCGUACAACAACCGUUACAACCAAUACAACCCCUACGGAAACCAAUACAACCAGUACAACCGUAACCAGUACAACCCAUUCAAGCCUUACGUGACCUCCACCAUCGCUCCCUUCCGCCCGUCCGUCACCGUGACGCCAGCUCCCCCUAAAGUGACCGUCGCGCCUGUCGUCAAGCCCUCCGAGCCCGUCGCGCCCGCCGUAACCGUCGCGCCUGUCGUCACCGCCGCCCCCGUCUUCGUCCCCGUUGCGCCAUCUGCCCUCCCCGUCAUCACCGCCGCGAGAGUCGCUGCUGACUCCCGCUCCGCCGAGACUGUCAAAUACGGAAACGAAAUCAACCCCGACGGCAGCUACAACUACUUCUACGAGACCAACAACGGAAUCGCCGCCCAGGCUCAAGGAACUCCCCGUAACUUCGGUGGAAACCCCCCAGUGGUUCCCGAUGUUGUUGAAGGUGGCUUCUCCUGGUACUCCCCUGAGGGUCAGCUCGUCUCCAUCACCUACGUCGCUGACGAAAACGGUUACCAACCUGUGGGUGACGCUAUCCCCCAGCCGCCCGAAGUCCCGGCCCAGAUCGCCCGCGCUCUCGCAUACAUCGCCAGAUCCGCUCCCGUCCCAGCUGUCGCGAGAACCUACGAGGCCUCUGCUUCCGCUUCCUCCAACUAAAUACGCAACUAAAUAGUCAUUUGUUUUAUAAAUAGUUACUUUUAUUUACGAAUAUUACCACCACAACAAUAAAUUCCAUAUACCAACCUAGAUUUAAUUUAAUGUACAAAAUACAUAAACUUAAUGUGAUAUAUUUUUAUUUGAACUACGAUUUGAUGCAUUUUAAGUGUAUAAUAUGAAAUUAUAAUAAAACU